GUCUCCUGCAGGGAUGGGCUCCAAGGCCAAGAAGCGCGUGGUGCUGCCCACUCGCCCAGCGCCGCCCACGGUGGAGCAGAUCCUGGAGGACGUGCGGGGGGCAUCCGCCGACGACCCCGUCUUCACCGCCCUGGUCCUAGAAGAUGUAGCAGCGCCCGGGAGGGCUGAUGCUGAAGAUGCAGAGACUGAGAGGGAGCGGCUGUACCAGCAGAGCCGGACUUAUGUGAGCACUAACCAGCGGCUGCAGCAGGCAGGCGAGGGACUGCACCAGGCCUGCCUGGGACUGCAGCGAGCUGGUGCCCAGCUGGAGCGUGAGAUGGAUGAGGUGAAACAGGUGAUCAUGGCAGGUGCUGAGGCUGCCUCCUCAAGCUGACUCAGUUCCCCAGGCUCAAGGCACCCUGGAAACGUGACUGGACCCUAAAGACGACCCAGCACCUGUCCAAGAAGGCCCCACUCCGCAGAGCCGACACCUCCCAGCUUUGUGGGCAGAACAUGCUGGACUGUGUCUGCCUGUCUCCCUGGAAGCUUGAGGACCCCCUCAAUCUGAGAUGUAGCCUCAGGGAGUGCUGCUCCUCCUGGGCCCUCAGAUCUGUGGUACAUUCCUGGGGAGGGCACAGUGGCAUACAGGACCAGGGCGCCUGGUUCCAAGCUGCCUG